CAUGGCCGACAGCAUGCUUGUAGACUCGCCUGUACCUCAGGAAAUCGACGAGGGCCUUUACUCUCGUCAAUUGUACGUUUUGGGCAAAGAAGCCAUGUUGAAGAUGCAGAACGCAUCUGUGUUAAUUAUAGGCUUGAAAGGCUUGGGUGUAGAAAUCGCCAAAAACGUUGCUCUUGCCGGAGUCAAGCUGUUGAGCUUGUACGAUCCCGAGCCCGUAGCCAUCUCUGACUUGUCGUCGCAGUUCUUUUUGGACGAAUCGGCUGUUGGCAGCAACCGUGCUGAAGUCACUGCUCCAAGACUCGCUGAACUCAAUGCCUAUGUUCCCAUCUCCGUCAUUACUGACUUGUCUGAGGCAACUUUGUCAAACUACAAAUGUAUUGUUGCCACCAACUUGCUGUUAGAAGAACAAGUCCGAAUCAACACCUUUACACACGAACGGGACAUUGGUUUUAUUGCCGCCGACAAUCGAGGCUUGUUUGGCCAGUUGUUUGUAGAUUUCGGAUCCAGUUUCACGAUUAUCGACCAAACGGGCGAAGAACCACAUACGGGGAUUGUUUCCGACAUUGAGGCUGACGGAACUGUCACCAUGCUUGACGAUAACAGACACGGCUUGGAAGAUGGAGACUACGUCAAGUUUACGGAAGUCGAAGGAAUGCCCAAGUUGAAUGAUGGAAACCCUCACAAGAUUGAAGUUUUGGGCCCAUAUGCCUUUAGAAUUAAUAUUGAUGAAUCUUACGGCAAGUAUGUCAAGAACGGUUUAUAUACGCAAGUCAAGGUUCCCAAAGAAAUCCACUUUGAGCUGCUUUCAUCGCAAUUGGCUAAUCCUGAGUACAUCAUUUCCGACUACGCCAAGUUCGAUAGACCUCCCCAGUUACAUUUAGGCUUCCAGGCUUUACAAGCUUUCCAGACGAGACACUCCGGGAAAUUGCCCAGACCAUACAACUCUGAGGAUGCUUCGGAAUUGUUCCAAUUAUCCCAAGAAAUCGCAGUACAAUUUCCUACCAUCUUGGGAGAAGCUUCUGUAGACGAGAAGUUGAUCAAGGAAUUGGCCCACCAGGCUACUGGGGACAUUCCAGGAAUUGUAGCCUUCUUUGGUGGUUUAAUUGCCCAGGAAGUGUUGAAGAACUGUUCUUCUAAGUUUGGCCCAGUCAAGCAAUGGUUGUACUUCGAUUCGUUGGAGUCGUUACCUUCCAACGAAGAGUUUCCCAGAACUGCUGAGACAACCAAACCACUUGGUUCGAGAUACGACGGCCAGAUUGCCGUCUUUGGUAAAGCUUUCCAGGAAAAGAUCGCCAAUUUGAAAGUCUUCCUUGUUGGUUCUGGUGCCAUUGGUUGUGAAAUGUUAAAGAACUGGGCCAUGAUGGGGUUGGGCAGUGGACCUGAUGGUAAGAUUAUAAUCACUGACAACGACUCAAUUGAAAAGUCCAACUUGAACCGUCAAUUCCUUUUCAGACCAAAGGACGUUGGUAAGAACAAGUCUGAUGUAGCUGCCGUAGCUGUUCAGCACAUGAAUCCAGACUUGACGGGUAAGAUCGAGUCAAAACUUGACAAAGUGGGCCACGAGACUGAAAAUAUCUUCGACGAUGAUUUCUGGAAAGGUUUGGAUUUUGUUACCAACGCUUUGGAUAACGUCGAAGCCAGAACCUAUGUAGACCGUCGUUGUAUCUUCUACAAAAAGCCUUUGUUGGAGUCGGGAACAUUGGGAACUAAAGGUAACACGCAGGUAGUUAUCCCUAACUUGACUGAAUCAUACUCUUCUUCACAAGAUCCACCUGAAAAGUCCAUUCCCUUAUGUACUUUGAGAUCGUUCCCAAAUAAGAUCGACCACACAAUUGCUUGGGCCAAGUCAUUGUUCCAGGGUUAUUUCUUUGACUCUCCUGAAAGUGUCAACUUAUACUUGAGUCAACCAAAUUAUGUAGAACAGACUUUAAAGCAGAACCCGGACAUCAAGGGCACGUUGGAAAACAUCUCCAACUUGUUGAAUAAACGGCCAUACAGCUUCGACGAUUGCAUCAAGUGGGCACGUUUGGAAUUCGAAACCAAGUUUAAUGGUGACAUCAAGCAACUUUUGUACAACUUCCCAAAGGAUGCAAAGACGUCUACUGGUGCUCCGUUCUGGUCCGGUCCAAAGAGGGCUCCAGAGCCCUUGGUAUUUGACAUCAACAACUCUGACCAUUUCAACUUUGUAGUUGGUGGAGCCAACCUCUUGGCUUACAUCUAUGGCUUGAAGGCUCCUGUUGCUAGUUUCGACGAUUACAAGAAGGUCAUUGAUCUGACUAAAAUUCCAGAGUUCACUCCUAGAUCAGGUAUUAAUAUUGCUGCAACUGAGAACGAAGCCGAAGAACAGGAAAAGACUUUGGCUGGAUCGAUCGACGACAACGAAAUCAGAAAGAUCGCCGCUUCUUUACCUGAGCCAAGCACUUUAGCCGGCUAUAGAUUAAAUCCUAUUGAAUUCGAAAAGGACGACGACACCAACCAUCAUAUUGAGUUCAUUUCGGCUGCUUCUAACUGUAGAGCUUUGAACUAUGCCAUCGAGACUGCCGAUGCCCACAAGACUAAGUUCAUUGCUGGUAAGAUUAUCCCAGCCAUUGCCACCACCACAGCAUUGGUGACUGGUUUGGUCUGCCUUGAGUUAUACAAGGUUGUUGACGGAAAGGACGACAUUGAGCAAUACAAGAAUGGUUUCAUCAAUUUGGCCUUACCUUUCAUUGGAUUCUCGGAACCAAUCAAGUCAGCUCGUGGAAAGUACAACAAGAAGGAUUUCGACCAGAUCUGGGAUAGAUUCGACUUAGAAGGUAACAUCACCUUGCAGCAGUUGCUUGACCACUUCAAGGAAAAGGAGGGUUUGGAAAUCUCGAUGUUGUCAUAUGGAGUGUCUUUAUUAUAUGCCUCAUUCUUCCCACCCAAGAAAAUCAAGGAAAGAUUAUCAUUGGACUUGACGACUUUAAUCAAACAAGUCAGCAAGAAGGACAUCCCAGACCACGUGAACUACUUGAUCUUUGAAGUUUGCUGCGACGACGAAGAAGGUGAAGAUGUUGAAGUUCCUUACAUCUGCGUGAGUAUCUAGAUUAAAUGAUUUAUAAAGUUACGAUUACAAUAGAAAUAACAUAAAGAUAUUAUAUCUCGAUUUUGAAUUAUAGCGACCAUU